AUGUAUGUGUGUGUGUAUGUGUACGCUAAGUUAGCUCUCUUUGUUGGCAUUUAACAUUUAAGUAAGUAAGUAAGUAAGUAAAGUAAGUAAAGUUAACCGAAUAGGAGGAUUCGUGUUACUUGGCACAAGUGUACAAAAUAAAAUAUCACCUAAUCAACAACGUGUUGUACAAAGACUAUAGCGUAAACGAACAAGAAGAAAAAGAAAAAGAAGAAGAAGAAGAAGAAGUGUUAACUAUAAUACCGUGCAGUGUAUUACUACUACUACUGUUUUCCAUAUAUGAAAAAGAACACAACACAACAAGGACGACGAUGUUGGCUUCCCGCAUCAAAAAGGAACAUCUCGUAACCAAAGUUGCAGCAGUGACGUAUUUGUGAGGGUCUCGUCACCCCCACCUCCCUUGAUAAUCCUCCUCCUGACAACCCACUCAACACCUUCGCAAAAGAAAACAGGAAACGUGCCUUUUUUUUGCUGCGUGUGUCUCUCCUGCGUGUGUGUGUGUGUGUUUUUUUUUGGUUUAGUUUUUUGUUUUAUUCUGAUCAAUGUCGAACAUGUUCGCAUGUCCUAGAGAAGCCGUACGUGUCAAAGUGAAGAAAUGCGAGACCAGACAUCAACCGGAAUAUCGAAAAUUCAGCGUAGAUCCACAAAUAACAUCAAUCGAAGUUCUUCAAAGUAUAUUGAUCAAAGCAUUCGAUAUCAAAGGAGAAUUUACAGUCUCGUAUCGUGCGAUAGACGAUUAUGGAACGGAGACGUAUUUGUUCCUCCUCUCGGAUUGGGAUUUGGAUGCAGCAUUUAUCAGUGCUUCAGAACCUUACCUCUAUCUGCAAGUGAAUUUGAAACCAUUCGGUGAAACUGGCGAUUGCGACUGUUAUUGGGAACAGAAUGCUCAGGAAGUGGUUACUAGACAACAGGAAAGUGGAUUUCCUUAUAAAACACCAAAGUUACCAGGCCUCAUAAUGAAUAAGAUGGAAAGAACAUUGAACAUGGUACAACGAGCAUUGGGUAAUUUGAGCGACGAAUCGUCACACCAGCAAAGUGUUCAACCACCAAGACCACCAUUGAUGGAUGCGGAAUUUCGUCGUUUUUUAGAUCCUAUCGGUCAGGUGAUACAUUCUAAAGAAUUAAGGGCAGUCAUUUAUUUCGGUGGGAUUGAACCGAGUCUACGUAAAGUCGUUUGGAAACAUAUUCUCAAUGUUUAUCCUGAAGGAAUGUCUGGACGUGAAAGAAUGGAUUAUAUGAAAAGAAAAGCACAGGAAUAUCAAAAUCUUCGAGAAAGGUGGCGAGUAUUGGUACAGAAGGGUCAAAACGUUGGUGAUCUUGGAUACGUAACGAGUAUGGUUAGAAAGGAUGUUCUUAGAACUGACAGGCAUCAUAAAUUUUAUGGUGGUUCGGAUGACAAUCAAAACACAGCAAGUUUGUUUAAUAUUUUGACCACUUAUGCAUUGAAUCAUCCGAGUGUUAGUUAUUGUCAAGGUAUGAGCGAUCUGGCAUCACCACUUCUAGUCACUAUGAGAGACGAAGCCCAAGCUUAUAUUUGUCUUUGUGCGCUUAUGAGAAGAUUGAAGGACAAUUUUAUGUUGGACGGUAUCGCUAUGACCACCAAGUUUGCUCAUCUUGCUGAAGGUUUGCAACAUUACGAUCCAGAAUUUUACGCUUAUUUAAAAUCACAUCAAGCGGACGAUCUUUUAUUUUGUUAUCGCUGGCUUUUAUUAGAAAUGAAACGAGAAUUUGCCUUGGAUGACGCUUUGAGGAUGCUAGAAGUACUUUGGGCUGCACUUCCAGCCCAACCACCCAACGGUGAACUUAGUCUAGCUGAAGUACCCUUUCCACCACCCUCACCACCACCUAGUCCUAAUGUUAAACACAUUCGUGAGAACGCUUAUACGAAAGUAUGCGCGAUUAGACGGCAAAGUUCAUCGGCCAGUAUUGCAGCUAAUGGAAAAAGAAAAAAUAUUAGCAUGGAAGAAUCGGUAAUGCAAUCAACUUUGGAAAGAAACGGUGAUACUAAAAGAUCGAAUUCUCCUUAUGAGACAUCCUCGGAACCGGAAAAUGAUUUGACUUCGACUAAAAAUCGUCGUAAUUCCGAAUCUACAGAAAAAUGUUACAGUACUGAUUCAUUAUCAGGAAACUUAUCAGGAAAAUCCAAACGCGUUAAUUUAAUGGAAUUGAAAGAGAGAUUGUCUCUACAAAAUAGAGAUCAAAUUAAAGUUAACGAGCCAAAUGAUACGCCGGAAAAAAAGUGUGUCAAAGUUGUGAAAAAUUUGAACGAAUUUUUAAAUUUCACUAGCUUGAAUAGAAGUAAAGUAACCCCAAGUGAUACUGAACCAGAACUUAGAAGAGUUUCGAGUGAAAGUGGUGUAUUACGAGUUCUCAGGGACGAACCAAGUUCACCAGACGAUCCAACUGAUUUUUUCCCAAUGACUACAUCAAUGACUAGAGAAUUAAGACUGGAAUUGGAGUCACUCGAUCGACAAGUUUUUGGUCCUUCCCCACCGAGCGAGCAACAAUGUGAUUGUGUAUUAUCAAAACGAGAAAGCGAAUUAGCAGAAAGUGAAACGGAAACUGAAUUAGCUAGAUGUAGUCCAGUAGCAGAUGUGUUUGUGUGGGAAAAUCCAUUACAUACUUUGCAACAAAAGCAUCAUCCCGCUACACCGGACGAACAAGCUGAUCUAGAAUACGAUGGAGAAAUAUUGGAAGAUCAAAAUGGUGUUAAAUCCGUAACACCUAUUAGAUUACUCAAACGAAAUGCAAGAUCUGAAUCUGCAUCGGAUAGCGAAGGUACAGAAAGUUGGCAUCAAAAUACAGAAGCACCAGAAAGUCCAACGAAACAACCGGUUCAAGAACAUUGCGAGGAAGCAACGGAGCUUACAAAUUUGAUUCCAGCAGGAACAAGCGAGGAUCAAUCGGGAGAAAGUUCAUUACCACCACCUAACGAAUUUGGUGGUGGUAAUCCCUUCCUAAUGUUUUUGUGUAUUACAUUAUUGUUACAACACAGAGACUUUGUUAUGCGUAAUCAAAUGGAUUACAACGAAAUGGCAAUGCAUUUUGAUAAAAUGGUUAGGCGACACAAUGUGAUUAGAGUACUUAAUCAGGCAAGACAAUUAUUUGCCGGUUAUCUAAGAAGACAUUCCGUGACAUCGGCUGUUGUCAAAUCAGACUGUGUGAACGUUUAAAACGAAAGAUAAAUAAGAAACGACAAAAAUCUGAUAACAUAUUUUCCCAAUGGAGUUCUUCCGCUGACAAAUAUGUACGUAUGUGAGGAAUAAAUUCCAACAUAUAUUCUAUUACGUACAGAUUCAUUCAAACGGGGCUUAUUAUACGCGCACAUAUCUCUCUUGCGUAUUCGCGCUUAAGCGCACGUGUAAUCUAUGCCAGUAAAAAAAAUAAACUGUUCCAUAGUACUCGUUGAACGAAAAAGCUCUCCUAUCCACCCUCUCCCCCAUUUUUUGCAAUAUCUUACUCGAUACGAAAAAAACAAAAAACAAAAAAACUAAAGACGCCAAUAUUCGUCGCGUUAAUAUAUGUAGAAUUUUGACGCGUGCCUUGAAACGGUAUUCAGCCUUAGCCGGUUUUUUGAUAGGCAUACGUUAAAAUAUAAAUAAAAUUUAAACAAAAAAUUAAAUUCAAAAAAAGAAAAGAAAUAAGCCCCGUUUAAAAAAAAAAAUUUAAAAAAAAACUAAGCGUUUGCUUACGCACGACACAUCAUAUCUCAAAUACGAAUUGCACAAUACCAUCAGCACCGCUUCGAUAAAUUCUUUUUUGUCGGCGGACAAAUACACACACACACACACACACACACUCUCUCUCUCUCUUUUCGGCCGUACCUCGAAUUAGGAUUAAAUUCCCUUCUAGUUUAAAUUUGUAAAAUAUGUAUCUUAAAACUAUUUUAGCGGCUACAUCUCUUAAUUUGUUCUCAAACGAUUAUGCUUGAGAAACGACAAUAAAGUGCAUUUAAUUUUAUCUCUA